UUUCUCCGCCAACUCCGCGCUUGGCAGUCAACUUAAAAAAGAACGUAAGAGAUUUUUUUUUCUUUCUUUCGCUCUCUCUCUCCAACAUUUGAAAUCUAUAUUUACUUUUUAAAUCCUGGUUCUUAACACUCAGUUACUUUCUGACACCCAAACUGGAAGAAACAACAAUGAAACAGUUAAAAAGUGGUUGUUUGUUAUUACUACCGUUAUGAAUGAAUUUGGUUCGCAGUAUUUCACUGAUGAGGGUGAAAUAGGUUUUGCCACUUUACCAGAGCAAGUUCAUAGGAAAUCGGUGAAAAAAGGUUUUGACUUCACCCUCAUUGUUGUAGGUGAGACAGGUUUAGGGAAAUCAACAUUGAUCAAUAGCUUAUUUCUUACAGAUCUUUACAAGGAUAGAAAAAUACUUAGCGUUGAAGAACGUGUUGACAGAACAGUUGAUAUUGAGAAAACAACAAUCGAUAUCGAAGAAAAGGGAGUAAAACUGCGUUUAACAGUUGUAGACACACCUGGAUUUGGAGAUGCCAUCAACUGUGAAGAAAAUUGGAAGACAAUUGAAAGAUACAUAGAUGACCAAUUUAAUCAAUUUUUCAAAGAUGAAAGCGGCUUGAACCGAAAAAAUAUUGUAGACAACAGAGUCCAUUGUUGUUUGUAUUUCAUUCCACCCUUUGGACACGGACUCAGGCAACUUGAUGUAGAGUUUAUGAAAAGAUUACAUCAAAAAGUGAAUAUUGUUCCUGUUAUUGCAAAAGCUGAUACUCUCACUCCACAAGAAAUCAGAAAGUUGAAAGAUACGGUAUUAAGAGAAGUAGAAGAGAAUCAAAUAAGGAUUUAUCAACUUCCUGAAUGUGAUAGUGACGAAGAUGAAGAAUUCAAACAGCAAGACAGGGAAUUGAAGGAGAGUAUACCGUUUGCAGUAAUAGGAAGCACACAGAUUGUAGAAAUAAAUGGUCGAAAAGUCAGAGGAAGAUUAUAUCCUUGGGGAAUAGUAGAAGUUGAAAAUCCUAAACAUAGUGACUUUUUGAAACUACGAACCUUCUUAAUCAGCACACACAUGCAGGAUCUAAAAGAUGUCACCAGAGAUGUGCACUAUGAAAGCUACAGAGCACAAUACAUAACUAAAAUUUCUCAACAAGCAGCCAGAGAAAGAAACAAGCUCAGGAGAGAUUCGGGACCAAACUUUGAAGCUGUCUCUGAAACUGAUAGGCUACUACAACAAAAGGAGGAGGAAAUUCGAAAAAUGCAAGACAUGCUUCAAGCAAUGCAACAAAAACUGAGAGCUGCAGGCUCUGAAGGCGAUGGACCUAAAGCAAGUGACACUCUGAUAAACUUUUGAUAGCAUUUUACACUUCAAAAACUGUAACACUUAAAUUCUUUUUUCACUUUAAUUUUUCAUGUGAUAUAAAAAGCGCACUUUUUUAUGUACAUAACAAUAGAUUUAAAUUCACAUAUCAUUUUGAUAGAACAACUUUACAUUUGAAUAAUUUUCUUUUGACUGCAUGAAAUAGCUGCCAACAAAGUGAAAUAAAAUACACAAAUUAAAAGUUGUGUUUAUGAUAGGGACAUUUUAAGGUUUUGAAAAGCACUCGAAAACUUUUUAGUGAUUAAAGUAUUUAUCAGUAGUUAGAAACUUUUACGAAAUAACCAUAUUUCUUUUAUAAUUAAUAAUUCGUUCAUUAUUAUGGAAUUGUGUUGUUAUAUUACAAGCAAAUUCAGAACAGUUAACUGCUAGGAAACAUAUUAUUUAAUGCUAUUAAGGCCUUCUAAUAAAUUUAAAAUCCUAUACUAAUUAUAGAAGAGAUAAUAUAAAUUUCAAAAAAAAUUUUUAAUUAACAUUUUUUUAAAUUAAUAAUAUUAUUUCUUAAUUUUUUUAGCUGUGGCAACAGCGAUGAAAAUUCGUUUGUUAUGAGAAAUUAUUGCUUUCAAAUAGUGUUAUUAAAUAGUGCGUAAUAUUAUUUGUGAUAUAGGGAGUGAAUAAAUGCUUGUAUGAGUUUAAGAAUAAGUGCGUUAUUAAAUAAAGGUGUGAUUUAAGGAAUAAGUGAGAGUAUAUAUGGGAUCAUUCAAAUUUCCAAUUAAAAAAAAAUCUUUUUCAUUGUUUUUUCCUAUCGUUAUGGGAUUGUGUUGUUAUUAUUCAAGGAUUUGUGGAAUAGUAUUUUUUCCAACAAUAGCUUCAUCAACUUUUGACACUACUACAUCAUGUUUAUGAAUUUAAAAACUCCUGUCAUUAUGCCGAGAGGUUAUAUAGACUUCAAAAAAUACCAUUUAAUUCAUGUUUUAAGUUUGAAAUGAAGCUUUGCAACAGCAAUGGAAAUUCGGACGAAUUUCCAUUACUGUUGCAAUAUGCUAUAGUUAAAUAAUAUUCCUUUAUUUGUUCUUCUAAGUAAUCUGUAUUAGGAUUCUUGAUAUAGCGAUUGAAUAAAUGAGCGAGCUUAUAUUUGAAUAAAUGAGCAAGUUAAUGAUUGAAUAAAUGAGUGCGUUACUGAUUGAAUGAUUAAAUGAAUAAAUGAAUGCGUCAUUGUAUGUGGAAGUGAAUGAAUAAGUGAUGAAAAGAAUCGAAAGAUGAGGGAAAAAGCUAUUCAGUAAGUCGAUGUAUUUGAUAAAUCGACUAAGAGGGAAUAUGACAAAUGCUAAAUGAGUCAUUUUUAAAAAAAAUUAGUUUUCGUUCCAUUAACAUUAUUUUACUAAUGAGAGAAAUUUAAUUAUUUUAAUUUAGAGCUGCCUGAGGCAUUUUUAAUCUCUUUUUGUUCUUGUGUAAAUGUAUUGUGUAAAUGAUCAGGUUUGUAAGCGUCAGUAAUUUGUGAAAAUUUUAAGUAGGAUUAAAAUUUUCAUAUUCAAUGGUUAGGACAGUAACUCAAUGGUUAAGUCUAUCAGUGGUUAGAACUAUCAGUGAUUAGGAUCCAUUUAAGGUGUUAAGACUGACAAUGAUUGAUUUCGAAUAUUAUUUUCCAAAUCAAACGAUUUUAAUCACGUAAUCGUAACUGUAAUUUGAUAUGAAUGUGAAUAAUUUUUACCGAUUCAUUGUUAUGAAGUAAGUAUGAGUGACUGGGGGAGCAUAAUUGUUACUUCACUAUUACAUAUUCACGCAAUUCGAACUUGUUUCAAUUAUAAUUGUGGAAUCUCAUGUACGCAUUUUACAACUAUUUUUAACGAGGUCAAAGAAUUACAAACAGUUGGUUUCGCAAAACUGAUUUUAUUUCAAUUGAUUAUUAAUUAGUUCGCAUAAAAAAGUUAAAAAACUUAAAUUAUUUUAAAUUUUUUAAAUUUCUUUUUUACUUAAAUUUCCAAUUUAUAAAAAUCUCUUCAAAUAUUUGAUUUAGUUGGCAGCUAUUGUAUCUGAUAGAAAACAGUGGCUGUUUCUUAUUUUGACAUUAAAGUCCUUUUUUGAGGUAAUUGAAAAAAUUUGUCUCACGUAUACGCUCAAAUUACAAGUUUUAAAUACACUAAAUAGAUAGCUACCAAUGGCGGGUAUGUAGCAUCUUUAGAACCAUUGUUUUUUAACUUUAGCUCUCGUAAAAUAAUAUCCACUACAUACUCUAUGAGCAAUGCCACCAAAAUCAGCGUGACAAAAUUUAGAGGCUUUUGUGAAGAAAAAUUUCACAUAUUAACAUAACGCACAUUCUAUAAAAAACAUAAUAACAUAAAAUAUUUUUUUGUGCUCUUAAACGUUGUUCACUUUAGUUGUCACAUAAUAACAUAUUGUAAAAUGUGAUAAUGAAGAUAAUAUAAGGCUAAAUCCAGGUGGCGGUAGUGGUGAAAAACGCCCGGUGGCUUCCGGACAAAAACUAGAGUUUACGCGAUCGGUUAAUGUUUCAUUCAUCUGUCGCAGAGUUAUUCUUUUACAGACUAUUGUUUUCAUUACUUUUUCAACUUUUGAAACGACAAUUAAUUUCAUGAAAAGUUAAUUUGAUGUUAAAACGAAUAGUGUGAAUGAGAGAUAUCAUUUAAAAGACAGCAACUAAUUCAUUUAAUUUGUAAUGUGUUUAUUAUCUUUAGUUAAUCGCGAUCAAAUUAAAGUUAUAAAGUGAGGAAAAAAAUUUUAAGUCAAAAUUUUAAUCUUUAUUUUAAAAUUCUUAAAUUCCGUUCACAUUUAGCCUCAUCAAUAGAGAGAUACGACGGAAAUUAUGGUCUGUUCCAGUUUCGGGAAGAUUUGAUGUUACUGCUUAUACUCUGAAUAAUUUUAAAUGGAGAAAUAGGAGAACUGCGAUUUAAUCAAACAUUUUAUAAGAAACAGCCAUUGUGAUGAAAUUUUUAAGAUAAUAAAUGUAAUUGAAUUUCUACGAAUCAAAAAUUUAGAUACAAACAAAAAAAAAAAGCACCCUACUUUAAAUAACCUGAAAUUAGCAACAACUUUUUUACUUACUGUGGCUAUUUUUCUAGGAAGAAGGUGCAGAAAUGAAUUUUUAAAAAAAUUCCCAACACGUUCACUUGUGUCACACUUUAAGUUUGAAGCAAUUUUUAAAAAUUUUCAACAACAAAAGAGGAAAAGAAAAAUUUUGGAACUUUUUUAAUUCUACUGUUUUUGUUUCAAUAUUUAUUUCAUUGCAAUUGUUGUACAGAAUUUUAUUUGUAAGAAUAGUUUUUGUUGCAAAAGUUUUAAGUGGCUUUCAUAUAUAAUGGUUAGAAAUCUGAUGUUUAAGUAGAAUUUUUGUAAAUAAUAUUGUAAACUAAUAUUUAUUGUUAAUGUUUUUUAUAUUUGUAAAAACUUAGUGCCACAUCCGUAAAUGUUUUGAAUAAACUGUGUUAUAAUAAAAAGUUUUUUGAGUA